AUGUCGUCGUCAACGCAAGACAUUAGAAAAUUGAAUCCAAUAUCUUGCUUGAAUUGUAAAAAAUCCAAAAGGAAAUGUGAUCGAGAAUUGCCUUCAUGUUUUCUGUGUAUGAAAAGAAAUAAGCCUUGCACUUAUCCUGGUGUUGAUAAUAGAAAACCUGCCUCUCAUAAAUAUGUCAAAGCAUUAUUGGAUAGGAUUCAAAUAUUGGAGGCUUCUUUAAGACAUUAUACAUCUCUGAGUCUAAGAAACUUGAAUGGAGAACUUCGAUCAAGUGGCCAACCCAGUUUAUUCUCGGGAAUCUUAGCCUCAAAGCUACCAGAAAGAAGAAAACAUGAAAUGGAAAGAAAGGCGAAUCUUUCUCUGAAACUUUUUGAAAUUGAUGACAGCUCAGCAAAUUACACGGGUGCUCAUUAUAAUUUUGAUUUUCCUGGAGGCAUUGAAAGCUUUGUUACGCUUAAUAAUAUUGAAAAGGCAAUACUGUCAAGAAUGUCACCAUCAUCUGGUAAUCGAGCAUAUAUUAUCCCUCAGUGGCAACUUAACAUGGCAGAUAAUGGGGAAGUUUUAUUCCAAGGUCCAACUAGUUUGAGAUUUAUUCCACCAUCAAAUGGUUAUAGCAAUGUUAAAGUUAUUGAUAAAGUCGAUAAUAUUGAAGUUUUUGAUGAAUUUCAUCAAGAAGUUUUCACUUGGUUUUUUAAGUGUAUGAAAAAUAGCUUUCCAUUAAUUGACAGAGAAUUAUUUUUGACAUCAAUAAAUCAGGCUAUUGAAGGAAAUGAAUUGGGCGAAUAUAGCUCUUUGGCUUUAAUUAAUUCAAUUGUGAGCUUUUAUUACUUAUACAACGGAGAGAAAGAAGAAUCACUACAUUACAAGAAAUUGUCAAUGGAUCAGCUAGACGACCAAGUUGAAACCAAAGCCAAUCUUACAAUUGUUCAAACUUUAAUAUUGCUAUCACAUAUUGCGAUGACAGAAGGUAGAGAACUCCAAAGUUCAGGAUUUAUUGCAUCAGCUGUGGCCGCAGUAUCUCACUUAGGAUUGCAUGUUAACUGCGAAAACUUGAUUAAUGAGGGAAAAAUCACAAAGCAAGAAGCAGAGUUGAGGGAUAAUGUUUUUUGGUGUUGUUUUUUUUCUGAUAGAGCCAGAGGUAUUGUAUUGGGUAUGAGUCCUUAUAUGUAUCCUAUCGAUGUAUCAGUUGAUUUACCAAAGAAACCACUGAGCGUAUCUAAUGUCGGGUUUGAGGAGUAUGAUACUUUUAAAGAGGCGGUAAUGUUCCAAGAUUUGGAGAUGGAGAGAGCAUAUUAUUGUUUUUCUUCUGAUUUCGCUUUCGGAUUUGAGUUAGGUCCUAAACCUAGAACAAUGGAAGAAAUAACCCGAGAACAGCAGCUAAUCGUUUCUAAAGCUUUGAUUGCUAUGAAUGAUUUGAGAAAAGAAAUGAACUCGAAUGCCAGGUUUAUCAAUAAUAAAUCAAUGAUGUCAAUGCAAUUAGAGGUUGCGAAUCUAACAACUACUAUAUUACUAAAUCAAACUCUAUUAAGUGAACCUGUUAUUGAUGAGAAUGUGUAUUCGACUCAUCAGUUUGAUCCUCAACAGCUAUCUUUGACCUGCUUUACUUCCGCGCAAAAGGUUAUUGACUUGUGCUUAGAGUACGAAUUAACAGAAAGCCUUUUUCUCUAUAGGUUUAUUUACUCUAUCUACAUAAGUUGCAUAAUAUUUCUAUUCAAUAGGACCUCCUCAUCUCCUAGAAUUGAAAAAUUGAGUUCAUAUUAUGUGCUUAAAUCAAUAAACCUUCUACAAAAAUACCGAAUUUAUUCUUCUUUUGUUGGCACUUUUGCAACACAUUUAGAUAAAUUUAGAACGAGAUGGUUUGAAAAUGAUGAUCAAUUGGCCGAGAUUUUUAGAAGCUUUAAACCUUAG